AUGACAAACCAGAAGUCGAUGAAUGAGUGCAGCGGGGUGCCGUGCGCGGGCGGUGUAGAGGUGGUGACCAAACCGAGCCUGGUGCAGCACUGCGGGUGGAUCGCACGCAACCUGCUGCUCGCUCUCACCGUGUUGGGUGUGGUUCUCGGUUCGGUUUUUGGGAUGCUGCUGCGCUACAUCCCGGACCUGAGCCCCAAUGCUCUGAUGCUUAUCUCUUUCCCUGGAGACAUCCUGAUGAGGAUGCUGAAGAUGCUCAUCCUGCCACUCAUCAUUUCCAGUCUCAUCACAGGACUUGCUGGUCUGGACGCUCGCUCUAGCGGCAGGAUGGGGAGCAGAGCCAUGGUGUACUACAUGUCCACAACUAUCAUCGCUGCCGUACUGGGAGUGAUCCUGGUUUUAGGGAUCCACCCAGGGAACCCCAAGUUCAAGACGCAGGUCAGCACAGCCUCAAAGGACCAGGAGGUCAGCAGCCUCGAUGCCUUUCUGGACCUCAUCCGAAACUUAUUCCCGGAAAACCUGGUGCAGGCGUGUUUUCAGCAGGUCCAGACAGUGAUAAAGACGGUAUCUGUUCCGGUCCAAAACAGAACAGAACCAAUGACUGUCAGUCAGAAGAAGCUGGAAUUCAAAUGGGGCAUGAACGUGCUGGGGCUUAUUGGAUUUUUCAUCACUUUUGGCUUGUGCAUGGGGAAAAUGGGCGAUCGGGGCAAGGUGAUGUCAGAGUUCUUCAAUAUCCUCAAUGAGAUCAUCAUGAAGAUGGUUUCCAUGAUCAUGUGGUACUCGCCGGUGGGGAUUGCGUCUUUGAUCUGUGGGAAAAUCGCAGCCAUUGGAGACCUGGAGGUGGUGGCGCAGCAGCUGGGAAUGUACAUGGUGACUGUGAUGGUGGGCCUCGUCAUCCACGGGGGGCUCAUCCUCCCUCUCAUCUUCUUCGGAGUCACCAGGAGGAAUCCCUUCACCUUCUAUUCUGGCAUCUUCCAGGCUUGGAUCACUGCUCUGGGAACAGCUAGCAGUGCAGGCACCUUACCAGUGACAUUUCGAUGUCUUGAGGAGAACCUAAAGAUUGACAAGCGAGUCACACGUUUUGUUCUGCCUAUUGGCGCCACUAUCAACAUGGAUGGAACUGCUCUGUAUGAGGCCGUGGCCGCUAUCUUCAUCGCCCAGAUGAAUGGAAUUGAGUUGGAUGCUGGGCAGAUUGUCACAGUCAGUAUGACAGCCACCCUGGCCAGUGUCGGCGCAGCCAGCAUUCCCAGCGCGGGACUGGUCACCAUGCUGCUGAUCCUCACGGCCGUGGGUCUGCCCACGCAGGACAUCAGCCUGCUUAUUGCUGUAGACUGGCUGCUUGACAGAAUGCGCACCUCAAUCAACGUAGUGGGCGACUCCUUUGGCGCUGGCAUUGUGUAUUUCCUGUCCCAAGAUGAGUUGGCCAAGAUUGAUGGGGAUGCCCCCCUCCCAGACUGCAGCGUGCCGCCAGCCUCUGUUCUCAGCGCGGUGGACUUAGUCGAUCCUCUCAAACCACCGAAGCUACCGCCACGGUCUCCCCGACUACCCCCACAAAACCACCACACCAACUCCCCGCUACCCUUCUCCAACCUGUCUCCAAGACCCCAUCACAGAAGGGAACCUGGGUACACUGUUCUGCCAAGCCAUGAUCACCAGAUUCUGACGCUUCCUCGGACUUGCAGAGAGUGUGACGGAGCAAGGACGGAAUUUCGAGGGCGGGAGAAGGACAGAGUACGCGAACUGGAGGAGGAGCCCAAGGAAAGGGUGGUGGGGGAAGAGUGGAGUGAUGGAGAGGAGAGUGAUGACACCGCCUACGACCGCACACAUGAGAUUCCGCCCAAUGACACACCUUGAGGUCCAUUCCUUAACAGCUAUUAAUAGGGUAACCAGACAUAAUGUUGUAUUGUCUGAGCACGUUUAGAGAUUCAUAACUAUUCCAAUUUUGUCUUCCUGCUCUCACCUCUGUACUUGUUUGUAGGGUCCAGUCUUCCAUUUGGAACAUCGGUCAGUUGCUUUAACACACUUUAAUUAUCCUUUCCAUUGUAUUUUGGCACACUGUGCUUGUUUACUUCGCCGAUCAUCUCUUUCAGCUCUUUGUGAUGUUUCAACUCACUUUUUUCACUAUAGUCACGUGCGUUUCUAAUAUUCAUACAUUUACUUAUCUCUUCAUUAGUCUGUUCUGUACUUUUAUCAACAGAUGCUUCUCGACUAACGACACGGUUAUGUUCCGAUAAACCCAUCGUAAGUGGAAAAAUCGUGAUUGGAAAAAUCGUGAGUGGAAAAGGAAUACAGCACCGCACCUUCCGAACAUCAUAGCCCAUCCUACCUUAAACAUCCUCAGAACACUUACCAUAGCCUACAGUUGGGCAAAGUUAAGCAGGAGACACACA